AUGUCAACACUCCGCGCGCAAUUGAAUGAUGUCGGGACUUCAAAUGGUCAUCGUCGUCCAGUCGCCCAUUUCUUACCCGAUGAGAUACAAAACGGACUCCUUCACCCUCCUGUGAACGGCAACGGCGUUGACUCAGAUCUCUCCGACUCCUCCACCGGCUCCCCGAAAGAAAACGGAAUCAAAUCAAAGCGCCCAGGAAUGUCUCGCAAAGCUUCAUCUCCAAUGGCACCGACCUUUAUGGUCUCGGCGCCUGGAAAGGUCAUAAUGUACGGUGAACAUGCCGUCGUCCAUGGCAAGGCGGCUCUGGCUGCGGCCAUUUCCCUCCGAUCCUAUCUCCUCGUCACCACUCUGUCCAAAUCACAGCGGACAAUCACUUUGAAUUUCCGGGAUUUGGGAUUGAAGCACACAUGGGAUAUUGAUGCUCUGCCCUGGGAUGUCUUCCAUCGUCCCGAUAAGAAGAAGUUCUAUUACAGCUUAGUCACUUCUCUCGACGACGAACUCGUACAAGCCCUCAAUCCCCACCUUGAAAAUGUCUCCGAGGGUCUCCCCGAGGAGCAGCGCAAGAUCCACAUUCGCUCCGCCUCCGCAUUCCUCUACCUCUUCCUCUCCCUGGGUUCCCCUCAAAGCGCAGGCGCCAUCUACACCCUCCGCUCCACCAUCCCCACCGGCGCUGGACUAGGCAGCAGCGCCAGUGUUUGCGUCUGCAUGAGUUCCGCACUCUUGCUCCAGAUUCGAACUCUUGCCGGUCCUCACCCCGAUCAGCCCCCAGAUGAGGCCGAAACACAAAUUGAACGGAUCAAUCGCUGGGCGUUUGUGGGUGAGCUUUGCAUCCAUGGGAACCCCAGUGGAGUGGACAACACAGUCUCCGCAGGCGGCAAGGCUGUGUACUUCAAGCGGACCGAUUACGAGAAGCCUCCCGAGGUCAUUUCACUACCUUCUUUCCCUGAAUUGCCCCUGCUCCUCGUCGAUACUCAACAGACCCGCUCCACCGCCACCGAAUUAGCCAAGGUCUCUGCUCUCAAAAAGGCCCAUUCCGCCGUGACCGAAUCUAUUCUUAAUUCCAUUGAUCAUGUGACAUGUUCUGCUCGUCAAUUGAUCGAGGAUCCAGAGUUCAAGGGCGACUCCACCGAGAGCAUGGCUCACUUUGGAACUCUGAUUCGCAUCAAUCACGGCCUGCUCGUUUCUUUGGGCGUCUCUCAUCCUCGCCUAGAGCGGAUUUGUGAACUUGUUGAAUCCGCCAACGUUGGCUGGACCAAGCUAACUGGUGCUGGUGGUGGCGGCUGCACUAUGACCCUUAUCCGUCCCGAUGCAGACCCCGAAGCUGUCAAAGAACUGAUUAAGAAGCUUGCCAUUGAGGGCAACAACAAAUACGAGACUACUCUGGGCGGUGACGGUGUUGGUGUUCUUUACCCUGCGGUUCUGCGCAACGGCACCGACGAGGAGGGUGGUGAAGAAAUCGACCAGCAGAAAUUCGAGGAGGCCGAGGGCCACAUCGGAAUUGAGCGUCUUGUGGGUGUCGCAUUCCACGAAAAGCGCGAAGGCUGGAAGUUUUGGAAACGAGCCGUUUGA